UGUGAAGUAUCUAGUAUAAUGGGAUCAGUAAAGGACUCCCUUAGUCUAAUUGUUCCAGUGGUGACACUCCCUGAACAAGUAGUUGUAACUGUUGGAAGUCCUGCUUCCAUUGAGGCUAACGUUAAGUCUUGCCCUUCUCCUGACAAAGUUGUGUGGCAGAAAAGUAUGGAAUCAAAUCCAGAAAGUUUUCAAAAUAUAGACAUCUAUGACUCCAAAUAUCUAGGAAGCAAUGGAGACCCAGCAGAUCCGAAACUUGUGAUAUCAAGCAACUCGAAUGAUGAUGGACAAUAUUACAGAUUACUUGUGUUUAAUGGAAUAGCAAAAAGCACAAGCAACAUUACUCAUCUGAAUGUUGAAAGUGAAUAUAAGUACCUUGAGAACAAAGACUUUAGGGAGCGUUUUCUGAAAUACCUUGAAGAAGGAUCGAUAAAGGUUUGCCCGAUUUCACAAAUUAUAAUUGUUGGUGAACAUGGAGUAGGAAAAACAACUCUUCUCUACCGCCUCCAAGGGAGAAGUCAGGAGGAAAUAAAAGCGAUAAAAUCAACACGAGGAGUGGAAUGCCAUACAGAACAUCACAGCUUUAUCAUUACAAAAAAUCAGCUCAAGAUGAACCUGAAAGGAGUAAGCAGUUUGUCAGUCGACCCUGGACACUUUAAUACACUUUUAGAAGGUAUAAAAAACAACACAAGUUGA